AGCGAAACAUUAAGGAGAGAGCAUGAAUUCUAAAAAUUGAUAAAAUUAAAUGAAACUCUACUAUGAAAAUUGAAGUAUUAAGCACCAUGAAAACACAUAUGGAAGACUUAGUGCCCUUGUUAAUCAUGAUGAAAAAGUUCUCUGCUUUUCACAGUUUCAAUACAUGUAUGUUUUGUAUUAAAAAAGGAACAACAAAUACACUUAGUAUAAUUGGUUAUGACUAAAUAUCCUUCCUACUUUCACUCUCAUUGGAGGAAAUUUGAAAUGGAGAAAAGUUUACAAAACUCUACUAUAUAUUAAUGGAGGAUUAAUCAUUGUAUUAUGUAUAAGCUCUGGUUUAUGCGUAGUUGAAAAACAUUAGUCAUCAUAUUUUACAAAGAAAUAAAUACAAGCCGUUAAGUACGUUUUUUAUUGUAAAAAAAAAAGUACAUUACCUUCAAAAUAUAGGUGAGCAAAUACUGAAUUUUUUCUUAAUGGGUUAAUAGCAUUUUGUACCCCUCUAUUAUUGUAAGUUAACAAAUGUACCCCUCUAUUAAAUUUUUGCACAAAUAUAUCCUUCUAGAAUUAAAGCGUAACAAAUUUACAUUUCCGUCCAUUUAUCUAUUAAGUGACCGUUAAACAUGAUGUGAAAUGACUCAAUUACCCCUCAUUCAUUCUUAAAUACUUACAUCCAAAAUCAGUAAAUAAAAAAUUACAAAAACCUAAACUAAUUCACACACACUCGCGUCUCUUCUCCAGAUAUCACAUACGAGAGGGACGAUGGAAUCUACAUCGGACUCAAUAGCUACAACUACCCGUAUCAGACCUGGGAGGAGCCGACGGCCAGCUUCCUGGAUUCAUCGCCGCCGGCAGCAAUCUCACCUUGACGGAGGCGACGGUGACAGCGGAGGGUCUGAGUGAGGAGAAUACAGAGAGGCGGCACUAGAGGAAGAGAUUUGUGGUGGUUGAGUAAACAAUUGCCCAAAGUGCUCCUUGCGAGAAGAAGGAGCGAUGGUGAUGAGGACGAAGACAGCAGCCACGCGGCGUCUCUGAGGAAUUAAUUUAGGGUUUUGUUUUUUUAAUUUAUUGAUUUGGGAAAUAAUAUAAGUAAAGUGAAAAUUAAGAGUAUUUAAGAGUAAACGAGGGGUAAUUGAGUCAUUUCACAGCUCGCCACUUAACAGAUAAUAGGAUGGAAGGGUAUAUUAGUUACAUUUCAAUUUAGAAGGGUAUAUUUGUGCAAAAAAGUUAAUAGAGGAGUAUGUUUGUUAAUUUCCCAUAGUAGAGGGUACAAAAUGUUAUUAACCCUUUCUUAAUUGAUUAGGAUGUUGUAUCAUAUAUGCGUGUUAACAAAACCUUCUAAAGAAUAUUUGGUUUAACAUCAGAAUUAUUGUUGAUUUCUAUAGAUAAAAGUGAGGUUUAUUAACAAUUUUUCAUUAGUGUUUCUAGGAUAAGCAAGAACCAUUAAUAAAAAAUCAUGUAUCCUUCACUCGAAUGUUUAUAACCACAAAAUUGAAAAUAUAAAGUCAUAUGAAUGUAAAUUCAAAAUAUUCUGAUCAAUUGAUCCAGUGCAAAGUUCGGGGAUGAGACUAUGAGUUUGAAUGUUUUUAUUGAGAAUUCCUUAUUGAGACACUAUGCAGAGACAAAUUUCAAAGGAAGCAUCUAUAAGUCAACAUCGUGUCUUCCAUUUGCGUAACCCAUCUAGUAUCCCGGGGGCCCCGCCUAGCGAUUCUAGGGUCAUCUGUCGUUGGGAUGGGGCUACCAGGCAGGGGCUCCCUCGGCUGAGGGUAUGGUGCUUAUGACCUCAUCCCAGGAGGUCAUUCUGGCUAGGGGGAUUCAGUUUCCUGAACUUGGUGAUCCUAUGGUGAUUGAAUUGCUAACCCUUCGGGAGGCGGUUGGCUGGUGCUUAGGGCUGGGGUUUACUGAAGUGAGGUUUGAAGGAGAUGCCAAAGUGAUUAUUGACAAGAUUAUUUCGCGGCAGGCUAGUGAUAACCGGGUGGGAGCUAUUCUAGAAGAAGUUCUGCAUUAUUUUCUCUCGAAUCCGGGGUUAGCUGUGCGGUUUAUAGGUCGGAGUACAAUAGGGUAGCCCAUAGGGUGGCUAGGAAGGCCCUUUCUUUGUCUCCGGCUAUGAGCUGUGUUUUUUAUUUUCGGGCCUGGCUAGGUUCCAGGAUGUAAUUAUCUCUCUUUAAUUCAAUAUAUGAAUAUCUUUUGUCAAAAAAAAAAAAAAGAGUCAACAUUACAUUAUGUUUGGGGAAAAGGUGCAAAUGGGAGGUGUAAACACAGUUUCCAACACAUUUGUAUUUGUUUGGUUAAUUUGUAACAGUAGAGGGUGCAAAAUUACUGUUUCGACUUAUCCCCGAAUUGGGGUGCAAGGGAAGGAAGAAAGGGGGAGAGGGAGAGGGAGAAAAUUAUUUUUCUAAUAAUUUUUAAUUGUGUUA